CACACACACAAGUGAGCAUCGCCUUCACUCAGAUGGUCCAUUUUUGGAUCCUGUAAGUCAAUGACAGCAGCGGUAGUCUAUAAACCCACGGACACGGACAUCAGAUCUGUCGGGGACGCGCACCCUUUAUAAUGUCUGGUGCUGUCAAUCACUGAUAAGGAAACGCUACCGUGUGUUGUAAAGGCUGUCAUCGUAUUCAGCUGUAAAGACCCGCCAGACCAUGAACUACGUGGGUCAGUUGGCAGGCCAGGUGUUUGUCCAGGUCAAAGAACUGUACCGAGGCCUCAAUCCCGCCACCCUUUCUGGCUGCAUUGACGUCAUUGUAGUGAGACAGCCCGAUGGCUCCCUGCAGUGUUCGCCUUUCCACGUUCGCUUCGGUAAAAUGGGCGUCCUGCGGUCCAGAGAGAAAGUGGUGGACAUGGAGAUCAAUGGAGAACCAGUGGAUCUACAUAUGAAGUUAGGAGACAAUGGAGAGGCGUUCUUUGUGCAAGAAACAGAAAAUGAUCAGGAAGUGGUUCCUUCCUACCUGGCGACAUCUCCGAUAAUGUCAGACGGGGCUUUUCUCAUGAGCUCCUCGCUGCUGGGAAAGAGCAACGGGCCACCGGUUCAGACCCUGGGCUCCACGGGGACCGCUGGAGAGACCGGCAAUGGGGUGUUGAAGAAGAGGAGGAAGAGGAGGAGGAAGACUCGGGCGGACAGCAUGAGAAGAGAGGAGAACGGGGAUUACUCUGAGGAUGAAGAUAUGUUCACUAUAGACAUCAGCUCAGAUGAAGGGACGGAGAUGGAGAGCAACAGGUCAUUGUCCCGAGAUGUUUCAAGAGAUGAGGCAACGGUCGGUUCCAGCUGCGGUUCUUUUAAACAAACCGGCAUCUACACUCGUUCAGACGGAGAAUGGAGCCCACUCCAGAGUCCCGGUAGUUCUCGUCCCACCUCUCCCAAGAGUGACUCUGAACUAAUGACCAAAGAGUCAGACGCAGACAAUCAGAACCCGGCCAUGCACUGGGCGUGGGGAGAGCUGCCACAGGCUGCCACGCCAUCUUUCCUCCCAAUGAAAUCUGACCCUGGUCCAGUUUGCCCCGUAUCCAUCCCUGUAUCCGAGAACACACACUUCCGCGUGAUUAGCCAUGAAAUGACUACAGAACACAGUGAACCCUGCUCUGAAAUAUCAGCGCUCACAUUGAUCAUGCCAGAGGAGUCAGCAAACACUGAGAGAACAAUCGUUACCGUUGGAGCAGAAUCUCAAUCAGCGAGGACAGAGUUGCAGACAAUCACUGAAGUGAUACACGCCGGUUCUCCGACAGCUGAAGGUACGCCGGCUCGGAUGAUGAUGGAUAUGGAGGAAGUUUUACCGCGCACACUAAGCAAGACAGAUUCUCCAUCCAAGAAAAAAGACAAGAGGAGCCGCCAUCUUGGCUCUGAUGGAAUUUACCUGGAUGACAUUACAGAACUGGAGCCUGAAGUAGCAGCUCUGUAUUUCCCAAAGAGCGAUGGCAGUGCAGCAAUGAGGAUAGACUCCGGCCUCCACAGCACCAGUCUGUCCCCACAGUCCAUCAGCUCCGGAGGAGACAGCGGGGUGGACAGCUACUGCGACCACAUGGCUGACCUGCCCUCUAUCGCCAUCUCUCUUUGUGGAGGACUCACUGAUAACAGAGAAAUCACUAAAGAGCAGUUCCAUGAGAAGAUAAUCUCCUACCAGCAGUUUGCAGAGAACCCUUCUCUCAUUGACGACCCUAAUUUAGUCGUGAAAAUUGGCUCCAAGUACUAUAAUUGGAGCACUGCGGCUCCACUUAUGCUGGCUAUGCAAGCCUUUCAGAAACCGCUGCCAAAGGCUGCGGUGGAAAACAUCAUGAAGGAGAAGAUGCCCAAGAAAGGAGGGAGGUGGUGGUUUUCAUGGCGGGGUAGAAACAGCAGCGUGAAAUCGGACUGUGAUCGUGGGGCCUGUGGUUCUGUUGAACAGACUGGUGCAAUGACAAACAGACGUAAAGAAGAAUCGUCCUCUAGUGAUGAAGAAAACAGAGCGGCCAAGCAGAGCUCUUCCACCGUCCAAUCAGAGCCAGGGCUCACAUCUGGAGGCGUGUCUUAUAAGAAGACGCUCCGACUCACAUCAGAGCAGCUGUUGUCCCUCCAGUUGCAGGACGGUCCCAAUGACGUUGUGUUCAGUGUGACCACUCAGUACCAGGGAACCUGUCGCUGUCAGGGAACCAUCUACCUCUGGAACUGGGACGACAAAAUCAUCAUCUCGGACAUCGAUGGAACCAUAACCAGGUCUGACACGUUGGGUCAUAUUCUGCCGACACUGGGGAAAGACUGGACCCAUCAGGGCAUUGCACACCUCUAUCACAAAGUCAGCCAAAAUGGUUAUAAGUUCCUGUACUGUUCGGCCCGGGCUAUCGGCAUGGCUGACAUGACCAGGGGUUACCUCCACUGGGUCAACGAGAGAGGAACCAUGCUUCCUAUGGGCCCGGUUCUCCUGAGCCCCAGCAGCCUCUUCUCAGCCCUGCACAGGGAGGUGAUUGAGAAGAAACCAGAAAAGUUCAAGGUGGAGUGUCUCACAGACAUCAAGAACCUCUUCUACCCAAACACACAGCCUUUCUACGCAGCAUUUGGCAACAGACCAACGGAUGUGUACUCGUAUAAAGAAGUCGGAGUCCCACUGAACAGGAUUUUUACUGUAAACCCUAAAGGUGAACUAGUGCAGGAACACGCCAAGACCAACAUCUCAUCCUACGUACGUCUGGGUGAGGUGGUGGACCACGUGUUCCCUCUGAAGAUGCGAGCGUCCUCCUCAGACUUCCCCUGCUCCGACACCUUCAGCCACUUCACCUACUGGAGGGAGCAGCUGCCCCGGAUGGAGCACCCAGGACCCACACCCCCACAGACCCCCACCCCCAGCUGACUACCUGCAGCCCGCUACUCAACUCCAGGCAGCCAGAGAAACAACUGACUGUGCCCUGGAGAUGUAGCAGCAGUUUGGAUGGUAAAAGUAUUCAUGUGUGAUUUUUAGGAGCGUACAACAGGGUGCUACGAAGCUGAAACGCUGUGAGUAGUCUUUUAACGCACAAGAUGGAUGUAAGCGCACUUUUAUCAAAUCAUUGCCUCUGUGACUAUCUGACUAGAUGUAUGUAUAUGAGAAAUGACUGUAAUUUAUUUAGGCAGCUUAGAAAAUAUUAUUUUGGUGUGGACAAUUGAUGUUGUUUGUGUAGAGGUAUUUGUGUUCCAGUAUAGUGUAUUCGUUUUGUCACACAACACCAACAACGUAUUGUGCAGAAAGUUACUUAAAACAACACAUGCCAAAUACUUAAUGUUCAGUUUAUUUUCAUUAACUUCUUAAAUCAAGACUGUUAUACUCAAUAGAUUGUUUAUCAGCAUGGAAUUGCAGCUAUAUGUCAAUAUAUACAAACUAAUUGUACUUUGUAGAAAGAUAUUUGUGUGUAAAAUAUGAUUCUGAAAGAAAUUAACCCAUAAAGACCUAGCACUACUUUUAUGCCAGUUCCCAAAUGAAAUUUUCUCUAUAUCUAACCUUUCCCCUUUAGCCCUAUCAGCCCGCCCGCGGGCCGAAAAAAUUAUA